UUUAAUCUGGCAGCUGCGGUCAGAAGUGACGGACCUCAACUCUCGCGAGACUACGACAAGUACGAGAAGAGAAACAACAUGGCGGCCAAACGACGCAUGGAUGCGCAAGUUCCCGCGGAAGAGAGCGAUUUGCUCAGCAUAAGACCGCUGGGUGCAGGACAGGAGGUAGGCAGGUCCUGUCACAUGCUGGAGUUUAAAGGGAAGAAGAUUAUGCUUGAUACUGGGAUCCAUCCAGGACUCAACGGGUUGAACGCCCUGCCGUUCCUUGACCUGAUUGACCCUGAAGAGAUUGACCUCCUGUUAAUCAGUCACUUCCAUCUGGACCACUGUGGAGGCCUGCCGUAUUUCCUGACCAAGACCAGUUUCCGUGGACGUGUGUUCAUGACUCAUGCCACUAAGGCCAUCUACAAGUGGCUGUUGUCAGAUUACAUCAAAGUCAGCAACAUUUCAUCAGAAGACAUGUUGUACACAGAGAAUGACCUAAGUGCCAGCAUGGAUAAGAUAGAAACAGUCAACUUCCACCAGGAGACAGAUGUCAAUGGCAUCAAGUUCUGGUGCUACAAUGCAGGCCAUGUGCUGGGUGCAGCCAUGUUUAUGAUAGAGAUCGCAGGUGUGAAGAUCCUGUACACAGGAGACUUCUCCCGGCAGGAGGACAGACAUCUCAUGGCAGCAGAGGUGCCUGCCAUCCAUCCUGAUGUCCUCAUCAUAGAAGCGACAUACGGUACACACAUCCAUGAAAAGCGAGAGGAGAGGGAAGCCCGUUUCACGAGUACCGUACACGACAUCGUCAACAGGGGAGGCAGGUGUCUCAUACCGGUGUUUGCUCUGGGAAGGGCACAGGAGCUGCUGCUGAUAUUAGACGAGUACUGGAGUAACCACCCUGAGCUCCAUGACAUCCCCAUCUACUAUGCCUCCUCACUGGCCAAGAAGUGCAUGGCCGUGUACCAGACUUACAUCAACGCCAUGAAUGAGAAAAUUCGCAAACAGAUUUCAGUCAGUAAUCCAUUUGUGUUUAAGCACAUCUCCAACCUCAAGGGCAUGGACCACUUUGAUGACAUUGGUCCAUCUGUGGUGAUGGCCAGUCCUGGCAUGAUGCAGAGUGGACUGUCCAGGGAGCUGUUUGAGAGCUGGUGCACUGACCGACGGAAUGGGUGUAUCAUCGCAGGCUACUGUGUAGAGGGGACACUAGCAAAGCACAUUAUGUCAGAACCAGAAGAGAUCACCACCAUGUCAGGGCAGAAAAUCCCACUGAAAUGUUCAGUAGAUUACAUUUCCUUUUCGGCUCACACGGACUACCAGCAGACAAGUGACUUCAUCAGACAGCUCAAGCCUCCACAUGUGGUUUUGGUACACGGAGAGGCAAACGAGAUGAGCAGACUGAAGGCAGCUGUUAUCCGUGAGUAUGAGGAUGAUCCAGACGUGAACAUCGAGGUGCACAACCCUAAAAACACCCAGGCUGUGGAGCUGUACUUCAGGGGAGAGAAGAUGGCAAAGGUCAUGGGUUCCCUAGCAUCCAAGAAGCCUGAGCAGAGUGACCGACUGUCAGGAAUCCUGGUCAAGAGGAACUUCAACUACCACCUGGUGGCUCCCUCUGACAUCUCCAAUUAUACGGACCUGGCGACCAGCACAGUGACCCAGAGACAGAGUAUCCAGUAUGUGGGACCCUUCAGUCUGCUGCAGCAGCACCUCAUGCUGCUGUCUGGGGAUGUGGAACAGAUAGAAGUACAGGAGAAGCCUGCGCUCAGGGUCUUCAAGGCUGUCACCAUCAUCCAGGAGCCUGGCAUGGUCGUCUUGGAGUGGACAGCCAACCCAGUAAAUGACAUGUUUGCUGAUGCAGUGGUGACAGUGAUCCUGAAGGUGGGAACAGACCCUAAGAUGCAGAAACUUGUGCCUGCACCAACCAAGACCAACAAGCAGCACUUCACAGACAAACUAACGGAGCUGAUGACAGACCUGUAUGGGGAGAAGGCCAUCACGCACAUGACUAAAGGUGACAUCAUGGCCGUCACUGUGGAUGGAAAAACAGCAAACAUCUGUCUCGACACUCUGGAGGUGGACUGUGAAGCUGAUGAAGACUUCCAGCAGACUGUUUCUCAGUCUGUCAGCAGACUCUAUCAUUCCCUCACUCCUGUCUACAGAUAGUCAACACAAUCCUUCAUUCCAAAUUCUACAUAAUCCUUUAAGAAAGGCUAUUCUCAAGACGACAACUUGAUUUGUUUUUCAUGCAGUGUUGAAAUGUAUUCUUAUCACUAGCUCUUCCAAUUGAUGUUACACUGUAUUUGUGUCAAAGGUUUUUCCUGGAAAGCAUAGUUUAUGUGAAAGUAUUCUGUGUAUACACUUUAUGUAAUGUUGUCCACUUAACUAUUUGAAAAUGGAAAAUGGAAGUGUGUUAAUGGAAGCAUUUAUGUUAACUAUAACUGUUAACAUCCUUGGUAUUAUGUGUAUAUGUUAGGCUACGAGAUUUUGACCUAUAUGGCCAUUAUUUAUAUAUAGACAAACAUGGUAUCUUUUAAGAGCUUAUGUCAGAUACCUUUGUGCUUUUAAGAUUUAGAGCUGUUACACAACUUAGCUUAGGUUAGGAAACCCUUGCCACAAAGUCUAUUGAAGUUGAAGUCCUUGGAAUCUUUUGUACAAAAUAAACAUUUUCUUUGACUUA